AUGUCGAGUUUCUUGGAUUCUGAUGAUUGUGGUGAUGUUAAUGAUGAUGGUGAUGAUGAUGACGAUGAUGCUGAUGCUGAUGAUGAUGAUGAUGAUGAUGAUGAUGAUGAUGAUGAUGAUGAUGAUGAUGAUGAUGAUGAUGAUGAUGAUGAUGAUGAUGAUGAUGAUGAUGAUGAUGAUGAUGAUGAUGAUGAUGAUGAUGAUGAUGAUGAUGAUGAUGAUGAUGAUGAUGAUGAUGAUGAUGAUGAUGAUGAUGAUGAUGAUGAUGAUGAUGAUGAUGAUGAUGAUGAUGAUGAUGAUGAUGAUGAUGAUGAUGAUGAUGAUGAUGAUGAUGAUGAUGAUGAUGAUGAUGAUGAUGAUGAUGAUGAUGAUGAUGAUGAUGAUGAUGAUGAUGAUGAUGAUGAUGAUGAUGAUGAUGAUGAUGAUGAUGAUGAUGAUGAUGAUGAUGAUGAUGAUGAUGAUGAUGAUGAUGAUGAUGAUGAUGAUGAUGAUGAUGAUGAUGAUGAUGAUGAUGAUGAUGAUGAUGAUGAUGAUGAUGAUGAUGAUGAUGAUGAUGAUGAUGAUGAUGAUGAUGAUGAUGAUGAUGAUGAUGAUGAUGAUGAUGAUGAUGAUGAUGAUGAUGAUGAUGAUGAUGAUGAUGAUGAUGAUGAUGAUGAUGAUGAUGAUGAUGAUGAUGAUGAUGAUGAUGAUGAUGAUGAUGAUGAUGAUGAUGAUGAUGAUGAUGAUGAUGAUGAUGAUGAUGAUGAUGAUGAUGAUGAUGAUGAUGAUGAUGAUGAUGAUGAUGAUGAUGAUGAUGAUGAUGAUGAUGAUGAUGAUGAUGAUGAUGAUGAUGAUGAUGAUGAUGAUGAUGAUGAUGAUGAUGAUGAUGAUGAUGAUGAUGAUGAUGAUGAUGAUGAUGAUGAUGAUGAUGAUGAUGAUGAUGAUGAUGAUGAUGAUGAUGAUGAUGAUGAUGAUGAUGAUGAUGAUGAUGAUGAUGAUGAUGAUGAUGAUGAUGAUGAUGAUGAUGAUGAUGAUGAUGAUGAUGAUGAUGAUGAUGAUGAUGAUGAUGAUGAUGAUGAUGAUGAUGAUGAUGAUGAUGAUGAUGAUGAUGAUGAUGAUGAUGAUGAUGAUGAUGAUGAUGAUGAUGAUGAUGAUGAUGAUGAUGAUGAUGAUGAUGAUGAUGAUGAUGAUGAUGAUGAUGAUGAUGAUGAUGAUGAUGAUGAUGAUGAUGAUGAUGAUGAUGAUGAUGAUGAUGAUGAUGAUGAUGAUGAUGAUGAUGAUGAUGAUGAUGAUGAUGAUGAUGAUGAUGAUGAUGAUGAUGAUGAUGAUGAUGAUGAUGAUGAUGAUGAUGAUGAUGAUGAUGAUGAUGAUGAUGAUGAUGAUGAUGAUGAUGAUGAUGAUGAUGAUGAUGAUGAUGAUGAUGAUGAUGAUGAUGAUGAUGAUGAUGAUGAUGAUGAUGAUGAUGAUGAUGAUGAUGAUGAUGAUGAUGAUGAUGAUGAUGAUGAUGAUGAUGAUGAUGAUGAUGAUGAUGAUGAUGAUGAUGAUGAUGAUGAUGAUGAUGAUGAUGAUGAUGAUGAUGAUGAUGAUGAUGAUGAUGAUGAUGAUGAUGAUGAUGAUGAUGAUGAGAACUGA